CACAGCCACUUCCGCCAUACGCAGGGACUCAUCUUCCGGCUCAGGUCCUCAGAGCAGAAGUCCACAGUUCAGGCGUCCGGAAGUGCCUGGGCCACAGGCUUCCGGUGAAGGUCGGGAAGGAUGGCGGUGGCCACCAUGUUCCCGGGUCUGGCACGGAUGCUUGCUCUGCCAAGGCGCCACCUAGUGUCACCCUCGCUCAGCACGACAUCAUUCAGCCGUUUCUACAGAGGUGACAGCCCAACAGAUUCCCAAAAAGACAUGAUUGAAAUCCCUUUACCUCCGUGGCAGGAGCGAACUGAUGAAUCCAUAGAAACCAAAAGAGCCCGGCUGCUCUAUGAGAGCAGAAAGAGGGGAAUGUUGGAAAACUGUAUUCUGCUUAGCCUCUUUGCUAAAGAAUAUCUGCACCACAUGACAGAGAAACAGCUGAACCUGUAUGAUCGUCUGAUUAAUGAGCCCAGUAACGACUGGGAUAUUUACUACUGGGCCACAGAAGCAAAACCAGCCCCAGAAAUCUUUGAAAACGAAGUCAUGACGAUGCUCAGAGACUUCGCUAAAAACAAAAACAAAGAGCAGAGACUGCGUGCCCCGGAUCUUGAAUACCUCUUUGAAAAGCCUUGUUGAGCUGUGCACUGCUGCCUGCCACGGGGGCUCAGUCCACAGGCCCUAACAUGAUAGGCAAUGGCCUUGACUUCCUGCCUCUCCUUAGCCCACCCAGACCAUUCGGCUUGCCUCCAAUGAUGGACCCAUCUCUCAGGCCGUGUAAAUGUUCAGUUUGACUCAUUCUGACAUUUUUGUGCAGUUUUUAUGCCUCAGAAGUGGUUGUCAGGGUUGCUGGCACUCAGGUCUGUUUCUGUGGCUGCUGUCUCUGGAGGCAGGCCUCUGCCACAGGAGGGCACUGUAGGUUAGCGAUGGGCCUGGCUCACUGCUUCAGCCAUGAGGGGUGUGUGCUCAGUGGAAAGAGGCAGCCAGCGGCCGGUCCCUGAGCAGCCCAGGGCCUUAUUCAAGUGAAAUUCCCCCUUCCCGCCCCCAGUGUGGUCCUUUCUACCAAGGGAAGUGGAUCCAAGCCCCCUGAGCUGAAUUGUUCAAAGGCACCGCAGGCAGAAUGAGGGCAGCAAGCAGGAAUGUGUGGGCUGAAAGGUAAUUAAACCGAAAGGUAAUUAAAUAUUAAAGAAUAUUUCACAAAGGAAAAUCACAAUGCCCCAGCCCUCGCACCAUGGUUUUAAUGUUGUCUAUUCUCACAUCAUCCGUAGUCCUUUGUCUUUAGAGCGUUACAGAGUCCCAACCACAGGUUUUAUUUCCAUGUAGCACGGUGGCAAACUUUUUCUGCAUUUCUACGGUCUUGCCAAUUACUUUGGCAAGUAAUUUGUCAAUUUGUAGUUGACAAAGUAACAACACAUGAGAAAUAGCAUCUUCGAGUGAAUUAGUGGGAAGUGUUGAGCCCUGGAGCCCAGGAGACUCCUGUGUGGCCAGCAGUGGUGUCGCUGGAGGGGUUUUGCCCUCAGAACUGUAAUCCAGUCAGAGCAGUAGUGACCCAGACUGCACUGGGACCUUCUGAAGGUGUGGACCUCACGAAGGCAGGCCAGGAUUGACGAGCACACGGUGAGUGAUCACAGGAGACGCCUGCAGAGAGGAAGUGUGGGCUUCCAGUUUUGGGGAGCCGUAGGGUUCCCAUAGAGCCUCCUCAUGGUCCUUCCUGCCCUUCAGUGCCUCCAGCUGAGGAGAGAAGAGAACGAGUCUUUACUUCUAGGACUUCGUGAAAGCCUCACAGUGCCCCUAUGGAAAAGUGGUGUCAUGCUAAUUUUGUAGAUGAGAAAGUGGGCUCAGAGUCAUUUGUGCAAGGUCAAGUAGCUAUUCAUUCAUAAUUCACGGUCUCCUUUAGGGGCACCUAAAGUUAAGCAUCCACUUUCAGCUCAGGGAAUGAUCUCACGGUUCAUGAGUUCAAGCCCCACGUCGGGCUCUUUGCUGACAGUGCAGAGCCUGCUUAGGAUCCUGUCUGUCUGUCCGUCUCUCCCUCUCUCUCUGCCCCUCCCCCACUCACACUUCCU